CAGCAGGUCACCAUCUGCUGAGCCGGUUCCCUCUGCCUCUGCUGGAUUUACCCGUCACAAAUCCAAACUAAGGAUAUUUUCAAGUGAAGCAAACAUCCGGACUGCGGAUCUAUGCGAACCCAAGCGCAUUUGUCAAGCUGAAGAGGAGGAAUGUCUCGUUUCUUUGUGAAACUUGCAUUUCUGAUUCCAGCAAUCGUCCUCUCACAAGGUCUAAAAUGCUUCCUACCCACCGAGUCGUGCCUGAAUGGAGGAAGAUGUGAAGCCACUCCACAUGGGAAUGGAGAGUGCAAGUGUCCCAGUGACUACGUAGGUGACCGGUGCCAGUAUCCUAGCCCAUGCAGCCCUUCACCUUGCCACAACGGUGGUGAAUGCCAAGCUGUUUCUCAUGCCAACACUUUUGACUUCCGUUGUGUAUGCCGCCUGGGUUUUACAGACAGACUAUGCCUGACCCCCACAAACCAUGCCUGCAUGAACUCCCCCUGUCGCAACGGUGGAACAUGUGAACUCAUUAGUCUUUCUGUCUUCCGCUGUCGCUGCCCACCAGGAUGGUCAGGCAAGACCUGCCAGACUCCCAACCCCUGCGCUUCCAAUCCAUGUGCAAAUGGUGGCCAGUGCUCAGCCUUAGAUUCCACGUACAAGUGCACCUGCCCACCCACAUUCCAAGGUCAAACCUGCAAACAGGACGUAAAUGAGUGUGCACAGACUCCUUCUCUGUGUCUUAAUGGUGGCAUUUGUGUGAAUGAGGUUGGCUCGUACCACUGUCGCUGUCCUCAAGAGUUUACUGGUCAGCACUGUGAGACCACUUACCAGCCAUGUAGUCCUUCGCCAUGCUUGAAUGGAGGAACUUGUGUCCAGAAGAGAGAAACCACCCUCGACUGUAGUUGCCUUCCAGGCUUUACAGGGCAGCACUGUGAGCAAAACAUUGAUGACUGUCCAGGUCACAACUGCCAGAAUGGUGGUGUGUGUGUGGAUGGGGUGAACACAUACAACUGCCAGUGCCCACCUCAUUACACAGGUCAGUACUGUACAGAAAACGUGGACGAGUGCGAGCUGAUGCCUGACGCAUGCCAGAAUGGAGGAACGUGUCAUGACACACACGGUGGCUACCACUGUGUUUGUGUCAAUGGUUGGAUGGGCGACGACUGCAGCGAAAAUAUAGACGACUGCGCUAGUGCAGCUUGCUAUCAAGGCGCCACCUGCCAUGACCGCGUAGCCUCGUUCUUCUGCGAGUGUCCUCAUGGACGCACAGGUCUGCUCUGCCACCUUGAUGACGCCUGUAUUAGCAACCCAUGUCAAAAAGGUUCUAACUGUGACACCAACCCAGUAAACGGCAAGGCAAUAUGCACCUGUCCACCAGGUUACACUGGAUCAGCCUGCAACUCAGAUAUCGAUGAGUGUGCCCUUGGUGCUAAUCCUUGUGAGCAUGGUGGUCGCUGCCUCAACACCAAAGGCUCCUUCCAGUGCAAGUGUCUUCAAGGAUAUGGUGGACCUCGUUGUGAGAUGGAUGUUAAUGAAUGCAUGUCCAAUCCAUGUCAUAAUGACGCCACCUGCCUAGACCAGAUUGGAGGGUUCCACUGCAUCUGUAUGCCAGGAUACGAGGGCGUGUUUUGCCACAUCAACACGGAUGAAUGUGCCAGCCAGCCUUGCCUCAAUAAUGGCAAGUGCAUCGACAAGAUCAACUCUUUCUACUGCGAGUGUCCAAAAGGAUUUUCAGGAAACUUGUGCCAGGUGGAUAUUGAUGAAUGUGCUAGCACCCCCUGUAAGAAUGGAGCUAAGUGUAUUGAUGGACCCAAUAAGUACACUUGUGAAUGUGCUGAAGGUUACACAGGGCAGCACUGUGAGAUUGAUAUCAAUGAGUGCUACUCUGAUCCCUGCCACUAUGGCACUUGUAAGGAUGGCCUGGCCUCAUUCACCUGCUACUGCCACCCUGGCUACACUGGCCGCUUGUGUGAGACCAACAUCAAUGAGUGUCUUAGUCAGCCCUGUAAAAACGGUGGCACUUGCCAGGACAGGGAGAACUCGUAUUUCUGUUCUUGCCCCAAAGGCACUGCAGGCUUGAACUGUGAAGUAAACCUGGACGACUGUAAGAGCAAACCGUGUGAUUUCGGAAAGUGCAUCGACAAAAUCAAUGGUUAUGAGUGUGCAUGCGAGCCAGGCUACACAGGCACAAUGUGUAACAUUAACAUUGAUGAUUGCGCCAUCAACCCCUGUCACAAUGGGGGCACGUGUGUUGAUGGCAUCAACAGCUUCACGUGUCUCUGUUCAGAGGGCUACAAAGAUGCUACCUGUUUGUCACAGCUGGACGAGUGUGUCAGCAACCCCUGUAUUCACGGCCACUGUCAAGACCUCAUAAAUGGCUACAAAUGUACCUGUGACUCUGGUUGGAGUGGCCAAAACUGUGACAUUAAUAACAACGAAUGUGAGUCCAACCCUUGCAUGAAUGGGGGAAUCUGCAAGGACAUGACCAGCGGAUACCACUGCACAUGCAGAGUCGGCUUCACUGGACCUAAUUGCCAAACUAACAUCAAUGAGUGUGCAUCCAAUCCCUGCCUCAACCAGGGAACCUGCAUUGAUGAUGUGGCUGGAUUCAAAUGCAACUGUUUGCUGCCAUACACUGGUGAAAAUUGUGAGACCCUGUUGGCCCCCUGCAGCUCUCGGCCAUGUAAAAAUGGUGGAAUGUGUAAAGAAGCUGAAGACUACCAAAGUUUCUCUUGCAUCUGCCCUGAAGGAUGGCAAGGUCAGACAUGUGAAAUUGAUAUCAACGAAUGUGUGAAACAUCCAUGCCACAAUGGUGCUGUGUGCCUUAACACUAUGGGUGGCUACCAGUGCAAGUGCAAAGCAGGUUACUUUGGCAAAAAGUGUGAGACAGACAUUGAUGACUGCAAGCCAAAUCCAUGCAGUAAUGGAGGACUGUGUUACGAUGGAAUCAAUAGUUUCACAUGUACCUGUCUGCCAGGGUUUCGUGGCAGCCGAUGUGAGCAGGACAUAAAUGAAUGUGAGAGCAACCCAUGCAAGAAUAGAGCCAAUUGCACUGACUGUGUCAACAGCUAUACCUGCACCUGCCCAUUGGGCUUUAGUGGUAUCAACUGUGAGAUUAACACCAAUGACUGCACUGACAGUUCUUGCUUCAAUGGCGGCACCUGUGUGGAUGGAAUUAACACCUUCACCUGCCUCUGUCUGACUGGUUUCACUGGCAGCUACUGUCAAUAUGAUAUAAAUGAGUGUGACUCUAAGCCAUGCCUCAAUGGAGGCACCUGUCUUGACGGUUAUGGGACAUACAAGUGCACCUGUCCUCAUGGUUACACUGGAGUCAAUUGUCAGAAUCUGGUGCGCUGGUGUGACUCUUUCCCUUGUAAAAAUGGAGGAUCAUGCUGGCAACAGGGAGCAUCUUACACCUGCCAGUGUCAGACUGGGUGGACUGGCCUCUACUGUGACAUACCAAGUGUGUCUUGUGAGGUUGCAGCCAAACAGCAAGGUGUUGAAGUGUCUCAGUUGUGCAGGAAUUCAGGCCAGUGCCUGGAUGCAGGGAACACACAUUACUGUCGCUGCCAAGCUGGUUACACUGGGAGUUACUGCCAGGACCAGGUGGACGAGUGUUCACCCAAUCCUUGCCAGAAUGGAGCAACCUGUACUGAUUAUUUAGGAGGCUACAGUUGUGAGUGUGUCCCUGGUUACCAUGGUGUGAACUGCUCAAAGGAGAUCAAUGAAUGUCAGUCUCAACCCUGCCAAAAUGGAGGCACCUGCAUUGACCUCAUCAACACAUACAAAUGCUCUUGUCCAAGAGGAACACAAGGUGUUCACUGUGAGAUUAAUUUGGAUGACUGCAACCCACUCAUUGACCCAUUUACAAAAGAACCCAAGUGUUUCAACAAUGGCAAGUGUGUGGACCGCAUCGGAGGCUACCAGUGUGUGUGUCCACCAGGUUAUGUAGGCGAGCGCUGUGAGGGUGAUGUCAAUGAGUGCCUAUCAGAUCCUUGUGACCCCAGAGGGUCAUACAACUGUAUCCAACUCACAAAUAGCUAUCGCUGUGAAUGUCGAACUGGAUAUACAGGUCAGCGUUGUGACAAGGUGUUUGAUGGCUGCAAGGGACAACCUUGCAGAAAUGGAGGGACUUGUGCUGUUGCCAGUAAUACGCCUCAUGGUUUCAUCUGCAAAUGUCCACCUGGUUUCACUGGUUCCUCUUGCGAGUAUGAUUCUCGCUCUUGUGGCAGUCUGAAUUGCAGGAAUGGUGGUACCUGUGUAUCAGGGCACCUGGGCCCACGCUGUCUGUGCCCCUCAACCUUUACAGGUCCUGAGUGCCUAACUCCCACUGACAGCCUCUGCAUCUCUAAUCCCUGUUACAAUGGAGGUACUUGCCAGAUCACCCCAGAUGCUCCCUUUUUCCAGUGCAGCUGUCCCAGUAACUUCAACGGCUUGCUUUGCCACAUACUGGACUACUCCUUUGUUGGGGGGUUUGGUCGAGACAUUACCCCACCUCCAGAAGUGGAGGUGAGUUGUGAGAUUCCUCAGUGUGAUGAGUGGGCAGGAAACCACAUCUGUGACUCUCUGUGCAACAACCAUGCCUGCGGAUGGGACGGAGGAGACUGCUCGCUGAAUUUUGAUGAUCCUUGGCAAAAUUGCUCCGCUGCUCUGCAGUGUUGGCGUUACUUCAAUAAUGGGAAAUGUGACGGCCAGUGUAACAGUCCAGGGUGUCUCUAUGAUGGCUUUGAUUGCCAAGGACAGGAAGGACAGUGCAAUCCUCUGUAUGAUCAGUAUUGUAAAGAUCACUAUGCUGAUGGUCAUUGUGACCAAGGCUGCAACAAUGCAGAAUGUGAAUGGGAUGGCCUUGACUGUGCCAACAACAUGCCAGAGAAGCUUGCAGAUGGACAUUUAGUCCUGGUUGUCCAUAUUACUCCAGAACAUCUUAAAAACCGGUCCUCAUCCUUCCUCAGAGAGCUGAGCAGUGUCCUACACACCAAUGUGGUGUUUCGCCGAGACGCCAAAGGGGAGCCCAUGAUCUUUCCUUACUAUGGCAAUGAACAAGACCUGGUUAAACACAACAUGCUGAAGCGCUCUGCAGAUGGUUGGCCUGAGUGGGCCUCAAUGCCAGCCAGUGUUUUGGGUCAGGUAAAGGAGAGUGUGUCCUCCAUGGUCAGUCCACGGAAACGCAGAGAGCUGGAUCCUUUACAAGUCAAAGGGUCUAUUGUUUACCUGGAGAUUGACAACCGUCAGUGUUAUCAGCAGUCCACUGAAUGUUUCCAAAGUGCAACGGAUGUGGCUGCAUUUCUUGGAGCACUGGCCACCAGUGGGAAUCUUAAUGUCCCAUAUAUUGAGGCAGUUACAAGUGUGAGACCUACUCCCCGAACUACAGAGCUCUACCCCAUGUAUGUAGUCUUCCUUGGCCUGGCUGCUUUGGGUUUCCUCUGCCUGGGUGUUCUAGUGUCUCGUAAGAGGAGACGAGAGCAUGGCCAGCUUUGGUUUCCUGAGGGAUUCAAAGCAUCGGAGCCUAGCAAAAAGAAACGCAGAGAGCCACUGGGAGAGGAUUCUGUUGGACUCAAACCUAUGAAAAACUCAGACUUCAGUCUUAUGGAUGAUAAUCAAAAUGAAUGGGAUGAUGAUCAUCCAGAUUGUAGGCGAUUCAGGCUUGAGGAGCAAGCCAUGUUGGAUUUCAGCAAUCAAGGUGACCAAAGGAAAUGGACUCAGCAGCAUCUGGAUGCAGCUGAUCUCAGGAUAGCAUCCAUUGCUGCUACACCUCCUCAGGGAGAGAUAGAGAAUGACUGCAUGGAUGUCAAUGUCAGAGGACCAGAUGGUUUCACCCCACUGAUGAUUGCUUCCUGCAGUGGUGGAGGACUGGAGACUGGUAACAGUGAAGAGGAAGAAGAUCCAUCAGCGGAAAUAAUCUCUGACUUCAUUUAUCAGGGCGCUAACCUCCAUAAUCAGACCGAUCGCACUGGUGAGACCGCACUCCACUUAGCAGCCCGUUAUGCCCGCUCAGAUGCUGCCAAACGCCUCCUAGAGUCCAGCGCCGAUGCCAACGUUCAGGACAACAUGGGUCGCACACCGCUUCAUGCUGCCGUGGCUGCAGAUGCACAGGGAGUGUUUCAGAUCUUAAUCCGAAAUCGUGCCACUGAUCUUGAUGCCCGGAUGCAUGAUGGAACAACGCCACUCAUCCUAGCUGCCCGAUUAGCGAUUGAUGGCAUGGUGGAAGAACUUAUCAACUGCCACGCUGACGCUAACGCCACUGAUGAUACUGGUAAAUCUGCUCUUCACUGGGCUGCAUCUGUUAACAAUGUGGAAGCUGCAGUGGUGCUGUUGAAGAACGGGGCCAACAAAGACAUGCAGAACAACAAGGAGGAGACCCCACUCUUCCUUGCAGCUCGUGAAGGCAGUUAUGAAACAGCAAAAGUCCUGCUGGAGCACUUUGCCAACCGUGAGAUCACCGACCAUCUUGACCAGCUGCCGCGGGAUAUUGCCCAGGAACGCAUGCAUCAUGACAUUGUCAGGCUUCUAGAUGAGUACAACGUGGUUAGGAGUCCUGGUCUUCACAGUGCCCCCUUGAGCACAUCUACUCUUUCUCCUCCUCUCUGCUCCCCCGGUGACUAUCUUAGCAACCUUAAGCCAACACCCUCUGUCAAGAAGCCUCGAAAACCAAGCUCUGGUGGGAAAGGGGGUAAGGAUGGGGGUAAGGAUAUUAGAGUAAAGAAGAAAAAGUCACUGGAUGGAAAAAAUAAUUUACUAGACACAUCCGCUGUUCUCUCCCCGGUUGAUUCACUUGAGUCACCUCAUGGCUACCUGUCAGAUGUUGCUUCUCCUCCAAUGGCAUCACCUUUCCAGCAGUCACCUCCCAUGUCUUUAAAUCAUCUACAAGGCAACGGGAAUUCUCAUUUGGGGCAGAUUAAUAUGGGUAAAGACAUGGGUUGCAUGUCUUUUGACCCUCCCCGUCUCUCCCACUUGCCUGUGUCCAGCCCCACCUCUCAGGGCACAACAUCUUUAGGUGGCAGCAGAGGGAGUCAGUGUGAUUGGGUCACCAGGAUGCAUCCUAGUGUAAACCAGCAAGGAAGCUUUACCCAAGGGCCACCCAUAGCACACAACAUAAUGGGCGCACUGCACAGUGUCAGCACUGCCACCUUGUCACAGAUAAUGGGCUACCAGAACCUGCAGAGCAGCCGCCCUGGCUCAUCUGCACACUUGAUGCAGCAGGCUCACCCACGGCAGGUUCAGCACCAGAACUCAAGCUCCUCCACAGCUGGGCAAGCUCACAACCAGAGCUUCCCAAACAUCGAGCUGAACGGCUCCGACAUGCAGCAGAACAGUGGCUCAGGACGCUCGGUGGCGAUUCACACCAUCAUGCCACAGGAGACGCAAAUGCUCGGCACCCAGUUUCUCACACCUCCCUCCCAGCACAGCUAUUCAGGCCCUAUGGACAACACACCUAAUCACCAGCUACAGGCACCCGAACACCCUUUUCUAACCCCCUCCCCUGGUUCCCCCGACCAGUGGUCUAGUUCAUCCCCACAUUCCAACCUGUCCGACUGGUCAGAGGGCAUCUCCAGUCCGCCCACAAGUAUCCACUCGCAGAUGAAUCUGAUCCCAGACAAGUUUAAAUGAAGAUUUAGUAGGACUUUAAACUCAGCUGGAUCUUACCACAAACACACUUCUGUCAGAAAAUAGUCACAAACUUGUCUCAUGACUGAAGAUUCUUCUUUUAAUGAUCAGUUUUUAUACUAAUACAAGCAGUUGUAGUUAUUUUGUAUUUAUUUAUGU